AAGAAUGACACUUUCCUGAGAACACUCGAGAAAGUUUUGGGGUGCUGGCAAAGAGUCAGGCAAAUAUCACCUAUUACUCAUGUUACUUCGUACAUUUGAGGCUCCACUUGCAAGCACAGCUCUUCGUCACUGCAUAACAAUCAGAUGGCUGAGUGUUGGCAGUGCAACUGAUGGAAUUUUACUGAAAACAGAUUUCGCCUUUGAACUUCCAGAUAUUUUUUUGAUCGGGAAAAAGUACCAUCCCUGGCUUUAACCGCUCUGAUCGCUUCCCUCGGUGUGAUUACGCAUCUGGAGGACGUGGAUUAACUUUUUGAUUUAUUCCUGUCCGGCAAAAAUGCGCAGCUCUUUAACUGAAUUUGGCUGUGUAAGUAUACCUGAGACUGUGUAAACUUAUAUAUCUGUUUUUCAAAGCAGCGGAUGGGGGUCUUUUUUAUUUAUUUUUUAUUUUUUUUUUUGAGAAGCAACAAGUCCCUCAAAAACUUGACAGACAGACAUGAGCGUUACUAAUGGUAACAUUUGUUUUGUUUGACAGAAGGCGACCUGGACGUGCACUGCCCGUGUUCAAUGAAUCAAAAUGACCAGUUGUGCGUGUGCGUAAUAGGCCUAUGGCCCUUCUCCAAAGAGGGAGUUAACAGUCUAUAACACUAACACGUGAAUAUUGAUAUGUCUCAGAAGUUUUAUGUCCGUGUCUCUGAUGCUCGAUGCGGAUUGAAAAGAUUUGAGGCAGUGAACGAAGCAUCAGUCAGGAACUCGUCUCCACAUAAACUUGGAUUGCCGUCGCUUAUUUCAAUCACGUAAGACCCCUAAUGGCGUUGUCCGGGCGAGGGUGUUACGUAUAUCUGUACAAGCUUUUCUGACAAGCCCGGCUUGUUGAUAUUUGUCCUUACUGUAGAGCCACCAAGGUGUUGCCUAAGAGAGUUUAAGCACGCCGAUAUUGCAAAGGGUUAUUAGAUUCAUAAGUCAGCGAAGUGGUGGGCGAUCUACUGAGCACAGCUGAAGUUCUCAUAUGAUGACUUCAAACAAGACACAUUACCUACCAGCAUCUGUUGGAGUGAGUGGAUAUUAAGACACUUCUAUCUCCAGGACAGCGUAGGGGAAAAUGGUAAGUAGCAAUGGAAACACAGCAUAUGAAGGAUGAUAACCAGUAAAUAGUCGUGCUUGCUAUUUAGUCUGGCAACGCAUUGCUGGAAGGGUUGGACUCAGUGGCUACUUGAGAAACUCAGUAUCGAGACCCAUGUCUGAUGAGGCUGAUGUUGACAAAGCUUGUGUGAAAAGAGAUUGUGUGGCAUUUCUCGGCUUAGGAUAUGCCGGUACAGUGAGAGAGGUAAGGAAAUAUUACAUUGUGUCUGCGCGCAAUGUGUGGAUGAGAUGUAGGACUGUGUUGGAGGUGCUUGUGGCAGUGAGGGCUUUAUAUUUUAUGCAUGUAUGUAUGUUCUUUUUGCGCCGUGGAAAAAAAGCAACAUGUGCCACUUUGCCUGUGACACUUGCCACGGGCUAUUAAGAACAAUGGAAGCUCACUAUCAGCAGUUGUAAUUUGGCGUGACAGUGGAGCCCUUUUUUUCUUUUUUGAAAGCGACUAUACCACUGAAUUGAACCGGCGUUUGUUGAGAUAUAGGUGCUGUUAUCUGGAAGGAAAUGUCCGACCAACAUGUGAUCAAAUAUUAACAGGACUGGUUUGGCAAGGAGGGGGGAAAAUGCACGUGACAAGACGCAGAAGCAGCAGAGUAAAAAAAAAAGAAAAAAAAAAGAAAGCAGUUUAAAGUGAGCACUCAAACAAAGUAUAUAGAUAUUUGGUUGGCCCCUCAUAGUUUCCCUGGCUGUGUUAUGCUUUCAGCACGUUGGACAGAGGCAUCGGAGUCGUGCAUGGACUAAAACGCCGAGUGGACGCCAACUCUCUUUCUCUCUUUUCCCCAAGCCCCCCUUUGCCAAACCUGGGAUUGUUUUUUGUCAACUUUUGGUAAGCUUAUUCUGAAGGAACCUGUGGUCUGUAAGCGGAGAGUAAAACGGGAUUUACUGAAAGGAAAGAAAAAAGGGGGAAUUAAAGCAGUGAACGAGAAAAAGCGCCUGCCAUUUCAAAAAGAGCUCGUUCCCCCUAAAGAUGUGUUUUUGUGAAAGUUGAAAUGCUAGGGUCGUCUGCUCUCUCGCACAGCACAUUCUCGGUACCUAUAAGCCCCCCCACACUGCGUUAAACUUUGGGACAUGCAAGUCUUGGUCGCGGAGAUCUAACCACGCACAUAGUGGUUGUCUGCCUCUUAUAAAGGUAAGAGCUUCAAUCCAUUGUUUUCAUGUCACUCUUUUGUUCCUGCCGUCUUUACGGGCUUUUCCGUAGAGAACUUCGGCUUUUUCAAACUACGGCUUCUUCGCCCAGGCAGUGUGUGAUGAUUGUGGGCAUCAGUGACCGAAAUAACUCUGAAAUGUAACCCGAUCCAGGUGACUAAUAUCUCGUAGGUAUCUGUUUUUUUAUUCUUCUUCUUUUUUUCCACACAUGUACAAAAAGAAUGAAGUUGCAUUUAUCAAAUAUUAACGCGAGCACGUUCGUAUAGAGAUUUGAGGUCAGGUGCAGAUGUCUGAAUUGGGACUCGUUUUUCGUGCAAACACAUCUUUUUUGGAGUUUCUGAACACUGCCUGCUGCAACAUAAUUUGCGUAAUCGUUGCGUUGUGCCUAAUCAUGCUCCCAAUAUGGGACUUAAGACGCUGCAGUGAUGCUUCCAGCAGCCUGCACGAAGUGGAGUAUUACUGAUGCUGGUGCAUGUCAUAAAAUAGUCCGGAAAAGCCUCUGUACGCUUUCAUCUAUCCAUCUAUCUCUGCUUAUUUUUUCGUGUUUGGUCUGCUGCAUUCAUGUUUUGUCUUGAUUUCAAACCCUCUGGAUUUUGUUAUCGACCAAAAAUAGCCCUACUCUUUACCCCCACCACCCUCCUCUUCCUCCCUCCCUCCCUCCCUCCCUCCAUCCCUCCUUCCCACACCCCCUCCCCUCUCCCGUCAUCGCCAUCAAAUCACUUGUGUUUUUACUACGACCGCUCCACGGUUUCAUUCAUAAGGUGCUUUUCACUUCACCUGCUACCCUACCCCCCUCUUUUGUCCGUGCACGGCUCUGUGUCGACCUGUCAAACGCGGGCAACGGAUGAAUAAUGUACAAAAAAAUUAAUUAAUUCUUAAUGGCUCUGACUCGUGUAAUUCGCCGGCUUUGCCAAAGCGAACCUCCUUUUACAGUAGUAUACAAAUUGUUCCAUUAUUCCCCGUGUAAAAUUACAAUAAAGAUGGGCGUGGUCAAAGUGGAUCCACUGACAGAUGUUAUGGCUGAAUGUGAUGGAGAGAGAUAAGAUGGCUUGAUACGCAUUUGUUCAGGAAGCAGCGAUAUUUUUCCUCUUUUUUGUUUUGUAUUUUUUCCAAAUCCAUUUUCGCUUUUACGCGUCAAAUCCUCACCAGGAUUGUUAUUUCUCUGCGCUCUUGUGGCAUAAAACUGCGUCUGACACCAAAAAGCAGAAGCGGUAGAUACUGUCGAUUUCCUCCCUCUGUCUCUACAUCUCUCACUCACUUCUUCCCCCUCGAUUUAUUUCUUUUUUUUUUAAAAGAUUUAAGAUUUUCUGAUCAAAGAUGAAAAACAACUGCAUGAGGAGAGAGAAGCCCCACCGCCCACUGACAGUCCUGUUAGAAUCAAAAUUCCUCACGCAGGGUGUAUUUUCCACACAAACACUCAUUCUAGUCUGAAUCUAUAUCAGCUGAAUUGUGAUUUCCUCUGCGCCGAUCGCUUCCUGCACAUUUACAGCCUGUUAAUCGUCAUUUUAUGUGACAGUGAAACCAAAUCAGAUCAUGUUACUUAUCAGUCUGUCCGACAUUCAUAAAAAUCCUCUUUUAAUAAAGGGCUGCGUCGAAACUACAACAGACACGUUUCUGGCCUAUCAAUCCCACAGAUCCGUUUACUGCACAAAAAUCUGAUCAGUCAAUAAUUUAUCAAUCGAAUCCAGAACAGUUUGAGUGAAAAUUGUGACACUUUAAAGAAAUAUCCGGCCUUCUCUUCUUGAAUCUCUCAGAGGAUUGUGUUUUUUUAUUGCAACAUUUUCACAGUAUUUAAAUAUAAUCUUUCCUAUUUUCUUAGCAUGUAGCAGCAUUUUUAUUUUUUAUUUUUUUUCUACCGAGACGUGGGAUUAUGGUGUGGGCGUGGGCGUGUUGGGUGGAGGAGGAGGGAUGAGCGGAGGCGGGUUAGGAGGGGUCUGUGGGGUGGCACGACACACUUUGUAUGUAUGAAGGUUUUUUUAUAGCACUUUCUGCAAUGUACGUCAGCGGAUCAGUCCAUAAAUGGGGCUGCGUGUGUUUGUGUGCGGGCGUGCGCCUGCGUGCGCUCGCGACUGUGUGCGUGCGUCUCCGCGUGUGUUAUCUUUACCGAGAAUCUCCCUUCUCUCUCUCUCUCUCUCUCUCCCUCUCUCUGCACUCUCAGCUCUGCAGAGUUGGGGUGGGCGUCAAUAACAAACCUGAUGGUAGGUUUUCAUUGCAAAAAAAAAAACAAAAUCAAAUGAUUUUUCUCGGUAUUCCUGUUUAUUUAAAGAUACAAAAUUAAAUGCAUUCUGCAGAAAUAAUGCUAAACGAUCAUGAUAUUUUUGCUGUUGUGUUAAUGCUCUUUAUAUAUAUAUAUCAUGUACGUGCUGGCCUCAGUGUGUUCUUUCCGCUGCGAUCAAUCGGUGCACUUUGUGUGCUAAAGGGAUUUGGACAAAUCUGGUUUUAAUUAAGGACGUUCAAUUUUCAUUUUAAUAAGAGCUGACUCUUUUUUCUUUCUUCUUCUACCUUAAGAAAACUCGAUUCCGGAUUGUGCUGUUUACUUUCCAUUCAUGAAAUGUAUGAACAAGUCUUUUAAUCUUCUAAUAUAAAUCACAAAUAGAUAAUCGAUUAUUUCGGACGUCAGAAAUCUUCGACUCGUUAUAGUUGGGGUGAAUAUUAAUCAUUUCACUCAUUAUGGAUAAAUGUAGGCUCUACAUCGCCCACCGCCGCCGCCGCCGCUGCCGCUGCUUUAGUCACCACCACCACCAUCAUCAUCAUCAUCAUCUUCAUCACCAACACCUUCAUCCAAUUAGCAGUUUGAUCGAAACAAGUUCGGACCUGAUCGGAACCUUUCGUCAUCCGUGAUUGUUUAUUGAGAAAGCCCACGAUUAAGUUAUUAAUACACAGUGGAUGUGUCUUAUGUGUCUUAUGUGUCUGCGGGCCACUGCGGGACUACAACGAUUCAUGACGCCGUCUGAGGGAGCGAGCGCGCGGCUGAGAGGGUGCGUGUGCGUGUGUGAAUGCGCGUGUGGUGUUCGAUCAUGCCGGUGAAACCAUUCAAGAGGCUCUCAGCGUGUGAACAUGCAGUACAUCACUAAAACCCGAGCAAGUUACCGACAUCAUGAAACAUUUACGUUUGUGUUUCUUCAAUGACAGAAAAGUGAGACUCAAUUACAGGCGGAUUUUUUGGGAACAUAUCAGAUAUUGUCCCUUUAAAAUCAAUGUGCACAUGCAGACAGGAUCUAAUCAUCAGGUAAGAUGCACAUCCAAAUGAAAACUGUCUGCUUUUUCACCCUCAGAACAAUUUUAAGGCAUGAUUAGGGUGUUUUCCCCCAGCAGUGAACCUUGCAAAGGUUAUUGAUGCUGUGCUGAUAUUGGAUUGGGGGAGGAGAGGGGAGGAGAGAGGGGGGCAUAAGCUAAGAAAAGAGACAGACAGACAGAGACAGAGAGAGGCUUAAUAGGCUGCGGAGUAAUUUGCAGUCUAUGCCACUAUAGACAUAAUGUAUCAGCUGUAGGAGGAUGAAGCAGGGAGAAGUACAUAUGGAGCUCAGAGGGCUCCUCCUUUGUGUCUGCCUCAUGAUUACCAUAAAGGUUAUUGUCAUCACAGGAGAGAUGGCACUGAUUCCCAACUCCGAGUGUAAUAAAAGAAGGCCUUGAACUGAGUUUACCUGUUUGUCAGUAUGGAGUUCUCGCUCCUUGUCUCCUUUGACGUCAUCAGGCCACAUUCAACAAUGUUUUCUCAGCUGACGUGAUUUCCUUUCUAGAGGAAAGCAAUUUCACUUUGAUCGAAAUACCCCCAUUGUCCUCCUUUAUCCCCAGUGAAAAUGACAUUUCACUAAAUGUCAUCUCGUUCUUGUUACAUGGUUCCCUCCUCACACGGGCAGGCAUAAUUCUACUUGUUAAGUGAAGCUUUGGGCAGUAAGGACCUGUGUGCCCGCUCUUGCGUUUUGCAACAGAAGCCUGGAAAGGUUAUACAAGUGUGUCAUGUUGUCGACUUCUCUGGUUAUUUCUUCUUCUUCUUUCUGCUGAGCAAACCCAACUCUUACUGCACACAUCUCAUGACUAGAAACUGGCCGUGUCAAAGAUCAAAAUGGUCCAUACCAACACCUCAGAAAUCUUACACCUUUGCUCAGAUGAAUUUAGAGUUAAGCAGUUUUCAGAGGGACUUCUGGUUCUGCUCUUUGUCUUAUCUUUGACCCUAAACAUGAUGAGUAAAAAGAGGAAUCAAAUCCAGCGCCUUUUUGCUCCCGGUUGUUCCUCAUUUUUUCUGUUUCAUUCAGAAAUCCAGCCCUUAAAGCUGCACAUGAGACAACAGACUUCAGUUGUGUUGUAUUUGCCUAAAUGAGAGAGCCCAUGUUGUUGUUUUUGCUCUUCUAAUGAGUUGCCAAGUGAUUUAUUUAUGAAUUACUUGUUUGGAACAGUCCCCUUGUGCAGUGUGCAUUUUUUCAUCCUCUUUGGAGUCAUGUUGCUCAGUGAUUGCUGAUGCAACUCUUUGUCAUCCAGAGUUUGCCCUUACCUCCUGUGAGCCUUCAGGGAGGGCUAUAUCUAUCUUGGCAUGUCCCCGGGUGUGUUGGAGGUGGGAGUGACUCAUUAAGCAGGUGUGAGCAUUCACUCCCAUACUGCUACAUGCCAAACAAGAGCUCUGCAGCUUAUGGGCUCGUGCAGGGAGGAAUCAUGAUGGUAAUACAGCAAACACAUCACAAUAAAUCUUUGCACUGGACUUGGGCCAAGUCACAAGGAUAAUGAGCUGCUAUUUCCCCAUAACGCUCACUCCUGCAUUCAUCAGAGGUGGGCUUUCCAAACCCUGAUCAGCCGGUGAAAUGCUACAGCUCCUCCUCUGACAUUUAGACAGUCUGCUUCAUGAAAGUGACUGGAUUAUUUGAAACUGGGCACCAAGAAGCAGAGGGAAUUGUUUUUUUUCCACGUCUAAGCUCUGUGUACAUAAGUGCGUUUGUUUAGCUGACAUUUGGUAAUAAUAACCUGUGAAAGCUGGUUACUACACUGAAGAGCACUUGCAGGGGAGGCAUCCAUCUGUUGUGGGGAUGGCUCACUUCAAAAAGCAAAUAGAAGCAAAAUUGUUGCAGUAAGUUCAACGCUUUGUUAGCCUCAAUGUCUCAACUCUUUACAUUUGCACAGCGUGGGAAUGAUAGGCCUCAGAUUAAGACUUUGAAGCAGUAAAUAGAUUUAGGACUCAUUCCCAACAAAUAUGUCCAAAUGGUGCUAAAAUGCAUAUUCACAGUAUGUACUAUUUGGCCAAACACUUUUGUCUUGAUAUGAAAUACCCAGCCUCCUCACUCUCUGCUCACCAGUACAAGAAGUGCUUAUUUUUACUUCUCUGAAUAUCUAAUUUUACAUAAAUAGGCCAUCUAGAAAUGGCUCGCAGUGUAUCACGACUUGGUAGAGACGCGCUGUUACGCAAAACCUUCAAACAAAAAAAGAGAGAGAAAAAAAAAAGAAAAGAAAGAAAGCCUCUUUGCCUGGGUGAGCGAAAUACGGAAGAGGAAAGGCUUGGCUCGGGCUGUAUAUAUCGCCAGACAUUAUGGUGUGGAUGCAGGCUGCUCCGUAUGCGGACAAACAGAGGUGCAUAACGCACACGGAAAGCGCAUUAAUAGUUCCGCCUCGGGGCUGUUUAAACAGAAGUUUGGUGGCGACCAGUCAGCCAGCGGAAGGUCACAUGUUGCAGCGUCAUUGUGUAGUAAAGUUACUGUAGUUGCAAAGAGGCUCCUCAUUUCAGCUCCAGAGGUCUCCCAUCAUCCUCCUCUCCUCCUCCUCUCCUCCUUCCUCCUCCUCCUCCUCCCGCGGUGCUGCUGCUACUGCCGCUGCAGCGUUUUUCAGCAUGCGACAACUUCAGUUUCAGACCAUCUUCACAGGAGCCGCGCAGCCAUGGGAGUGCAUUACCUCAGCAGCCAUGCAAUUUCCACCAUCAAUAAUUUAAUCUAUUUGCUCCAAAGCUGAAGAGAUAUCCUGAAGCUGUCUGGGGGAGAGCGCACACGCAGAGAGAGGGGGAAAAUAUCGCGAAAAUAAAUUACUCAGGGAGUUGUCCAAAACAUCCCAGAUGACACUACUGUCCUGUUGAAUGGUCUGUUUUACGACUGGGCAGUGAAAGGUAUGUGUCUGUUUGCUUCUUCGAUGAGUUGUUUGAAGCACUUUAAAGAUUGGUUUGGUGCGUCUCGAUGAAAAAUUACAAGUGUGUGUGAAUUUGUAAGAGUGUGUAUGGUGUUGGGGAGGGGGUGGGGGGGGUCUAAAAGUAGCUCGAUCAAGUACGGAUCUCCUGCGUAAAGAACAGACAGCGCCGCAGCCCGAGAGAGGGGAUAUGUGUAACUUUAUCCUCACGUUCAUGAAUAAAAAACGGAGUUAUUAUGUUGAUUGGGUUUCCAGUGGAGAGCCCGAGCUCGGCAGAUGUAAUCUAGAGAGAGAAAACACACUCUUGCUUUAUCAUCAUUACAUUUAGUCUCAGCGAUGUGCCUCAUAUCUGGUACUUAUUUCUUUUUUGGCUACAAAGUGGAAAAUAACCAACCAUGGCAAAGGCGCUCAACGACAACUCCUCCACUGCUCAUAAAUGUCUCCGUAAGAGUUUGCUGAAGGUGUGUAGUCUUCAUUUAUGCAUCUAUAACCACAGUGAACAAACGCACACAGGUCUAUAGAGUUGAAGUUUGGCUGUUUUUUUGAAGAGGGGGAAAAAAACUUUGAUGAACUCAUUAAGACUUUAUAGGAAACCCGAGACCUAAACGCCCAGCUACGGCGGCCAACAGACACUGUUGGGUCUACUUGUCGGUGUUGUGAGUGCUCAUACUGAAUAACUUUAAAUUGCUGGCGACUAGAAAUAAAAGCCCCGUUUAUAGAGUGGUGGAAAACUGGCACGUUUGGGACAUGUGCGCAUAUCUUGACCAAGAACUCACCCGGGGAUCAUCUUGGUACAAAGGCUGGUUGAAUGAUGGUGUAAUGAUGAUUUUCUGAUCUUUUUAAACUUCAAUGUUGAACCUUUUUUGUUGUUUUUUUUACAGAAUUGUGACUCAUUUUUGAAAAAAUGGUCUUACAGCUUUGUUGAAAUUGUACACAAGACGUGUUUGUAGGUUCUUUGACAGAAAAAAAACACAUUGCAUAUCUAUCUGUGGUUCUUUUUUAUGGUUUUAUGUGUCUAAAGUUGUGUGAAUGCUCUAUCGUGUCCCACAUGAGGUAGGGAAAGAGGAGGACGGUGGAUUUAGGGGGAAAACAGGGAAGGAGCUCCUGUUAUUUCACGGUCUCAUACGCCAUCCAGUGUUUAUACUUGGUACUGCAGCCUCGUUUGGAGCUUAAAUUGAGUUUGUUAUAUUGUUGAUUAUUUUUGAAAUUAAGUGCUGAAGGAUUUUCUGUUGAUUCUAUAACCAGUUGCUAAAUGAAAAAGUACAUGAUCACUUAGAAACUAGAGUUUGGGAGCACUGAGAAAGAAGAUCUUUGGCCCUCAAAAGAUUUUCUUUGCAUAUGUAAAAGUGCUUCCACAGUAAUCUUUCAAUUGUCCACCAGUGAGCACAGUGUGGGAGGGCGUCAGCGUCUCUUUGGAGAGCACAGAUCACUCAACAGCUCUUUGAAUGCUGUUCUCUCUGAGGCAGUGGCCUGGGUUGGCCUGGAGGCCAGGUAUAAUCCCUCAGUGAUGCUCAUCUAUUACUAAACAUGCUCUGAAACUGUGUCAGAUUGAAAACAGAUCUCAAGGAAGCUGGCUUCCACAUGUGUCUGCCAUUACUGCAGACAACUCUAACUGCCUUUUUUAAGUGCUGCACUGUGGCACAGAGGGGGUCUUGGAGGUAUAAAUUUUGAUAUCGUGGCUGCCUAAGCUUUUUUUUCCUCCAUGAGGUGUUGUGUGAUGGACGUGUUGAACGUGACAAAGCAUGUUGCUAGGUGAAGAGCUUUCUCUGACAAUGAUCUUUGAGAGUUAAACAAAGACAGAAGCCCACGAGGGAGCGGAGAACAAAUGUAGCUAGAGGUCACGCAUUUCUGUUCAAAUGUGGCAACAUAUCUUUCCCUCUUUUAUCCCUACUGUUUGAUGUUGAGUUUCCCUUCUAACGGUUCCAAAGAUAUCCCACCUGCUGUCGGUGAAGAUGAAGCCAUAAAGUGUGCAGAGAGGAUGGUGGGGGAGGGCAGAGGGGUGCUUGACUAAAAGUGAAAUAAUACUAUAGCCAUGCUAGUCCUUUCAUGCUUAAGAGAGACUUUUCAGCAUCUGUCAAAAGAGGCAUUUAUCACUUUAAUCCCCACCUGGCACAAAGAAUGAAACACCAGGCUAAGUUACAUAUCCCCGCCAUGGAGCCCGACUCUCAAAGCAGAUGAACAGGUGGUCAUCUGGAGACGUCAAACAGUAGACAGAGUCUACACACUCACCUGCCUCCAUUGUUCUGGGUGUUUUAUGCGUUAGGUGUUGUCAUGAAUAAAGGCGUGUUUGAGCAGCAGCUAUUGCAGAAGUGAUUUAUGUUUAUCUUCAAACAGAAUCGGAUGGGAUGUGCCUGGAUUCAAUUUAAAGAUUAAACAAUGUCAACAGAUGAAACAGACUCCACCACUUUGUGUUGAAUAUUUUCAGAACCACGCUAUAGUCGGAGAGAGCUGCAUCAGAGGCUGAGAUAAAAACUACAUUUUCUUCCACACAUUCCUCCAGAUGCACUUCCUCCCUUGCUUUAUUAUUCAUGCUCAUUGUGUUAACUCGCAAGCCGCCUUUUUCAUUAACAGCGAAAUCCGGCAGUGCACAUAAAACGUUUCUUACUGGAUGUAUAAAACAAGAGCAAACCAAUCAGUUGUCACAUUUAGCCUCCAGUAGAUAUAAGCCAGAGAUCCUCCGCCGGUCCCACAGCAAUUAAAUGAUUCAUUGGCUUUAUCGCAUUUUAACAGGAUGUUGAUUGAGAGCAUAAGCCAUAUUGAUUGUCCUGAUGGAAACAGGAAAUCACAGAGAGAGAAAUAAAAUCAUUUGUUGUUCCCGGUGUGAGGGUACCCAGGGGAUUGGCAUGCAAUUGCACACUGUUGAGUGGCAUUACCCCCAGCAACCCCCCCCUCAUGCUCCCUCCCCUCCAUUCUCUCCCCUAUGGAGACCUGGAAGAGACGUCAUCUGUGGUUGUUAUGCUGCGAAAUGACGCUGGCACUUUCUCCACCCCCUGCUACUGCAAUAUUACCCCUGUGGUCUGUUAGGGAAGAUGCAGUACUCCUCGUCUGCACCAUUUCCAGCAUGGAGUUUGACGCCUAACAGUAAUCAGCCCUCUGCCUUCAUUUCCGUCAUGUGGAAGUGGAACCAUUUGAGCGUGAUGCUGAUAAUAAUAUCAGCCUAAAUGCAUCCUACACAUAAGGGCUCGUGACUGGCCUCGAUCCCGUAAACCUACGUGGUUUUCUGUUUCUGGGAAGUCUCACAGAAAUUUCUCUUCACUGGAACCAAAUCCUGAACAAUAUUGAAAGGUUAUUGAGCUGAAAUUUUGCAGAUUAAAUCAAAAUUUCUGAACAAUAUUGAACAAAAAAAAAUGAUUAAUGAAGUUUUGUCUUGAUUGUUGAUUUAAUUGGUGGGAGGAAAAAUACCCCAAUCUCUCCCUGGAAACACACACACACACACACACCAGCCAGCCCCUCCCGAUGCCCUCCCCUUAACUCACACACUCAGGAGGAGCGCGUCACUGAGCUUGGGGAGUGAGUGGCUCAUUAAGAAGAAGGAUGUGAUAUUCUGAAUAGAGACUGUGAGACUCCCAGCACAUCUAUUUUUAGAAAACAUAUCUCUAUGGCAGUCACCGCGGUGUUGGUUAAUUGCAGCCACGGCCCCAGAUACCAAUUAAGAAUGAAACAAAUGUUUUUAAGGUGUUUUUUUUUUUUUUUUUUUAACGCUCCUCCUCACCGUGAAGGUCCCAAUGUCUGCUCUGAGUGUGUGUUUUCUUCUGUAUGAAGUUUUGGACAUACAGGGUGCAGUCAAAGCCUUGGCCGGGCUAUUUUUAAACAAGCCCCCCUGUGGAAAGCAAGAUCUAGAUUCCUGUUUCAUUGUGGUUGCUUUUGCAUCUUGUAGGAUGUCCACAGACGCACAGAUUUGCUUUGAGUCUUGACUUAUGCAAUUUGCCAGUUCAGUAUUUGAGCUACACCUGUCCUUGUGGCUCUUUUACCCUCUCCCUGGCUGUUCUUUGCUUGUCUGGUCGUUGAGUCGGCUCAGAGAGGAUGACACAUCUCUCUGACGUUCAGUCUCCACAUCCUGAAGCGCUCUUACCGUCCACCUGCUGAAAACAAACAGUGUCCCUCAACAAACUCCUAAAUCCUGCUCGUGGCUGGAAGGUUUAGCGCCGGACCGGUCCUGCAGCACAGACCCGUUUUUAUAAGAAAAUAAUACUAAUACUGAAACUGCAGUGUUUCUCAGAGCCAACGCAAACAAACCAUUCCCCGCUCAGUCUGUCAGCAAGAGUUAGCCAUGCUGGAAGUUGAUAAUGGGGAUCUUGUUAGUGGGGUUAAUGACCUGGUCAAACAGUAAAACAUGAGCUCUUCAAACAAAGACAACAAACAAAUCAUAACCUUGUGUCAACACACGCAGAGCAUGUCCAAAUGUCGUAGGUACACAAUCGUCUCUCACGUGGUCGGAGCCUUAAAUACAUCCACGUGUCACGAGGAACAUCAUUUGACAAUUCAGGAAACUACAGACCGUGAAUGAAACUCACAGCUAUAAAAAUACACCAAGUUCUUUAUAAAGUUUGAAAAUAUGAAGGAGGUAUGAGUGAUCUGAACUGUCAAGACCACACAAUGAUUCAUGCAGUGAGGGAUGAGUGACAGAUUGAGUCAUUAUAAAACUACACACAACCCCGCACCGGAGAAAAACUACACAGUUUAACACCGCCGAGAAAAAAGCUCAUAAAUAAUAACAAGCCUGUAAGGAUGUAGUGGCAUCCAUUUAUGUGAUCUUAUCUUUUGUAUUACGCCGAUCUCUCUGAUGCUCAGCACAGCUUUUGUGCGUCGCUGCCAACAAAAGAAAUGUAAGCCAGACAUCACAUAGGAACAGAAUGAUAACAGUUUGCAAACAAUUUGAAAACGAUGAUGAUGAUGACUCCGCGCCAAGAUCAGCUUCAUAAAAACAGUUUAUGAUUAUUCCAAAGCUACUGGCUCCCUCCCUUUGGGUUGCACAGAGAGAGAGUAGAGGGUGUAAAUAAGAGGGGAGGCUUACAUGGUGCAUUAUGGAUCAAAAAUAAGCAGGCCUCAUAGAAAAUGCUCUUUGAUUAACAGUCUUGUUCCCUCUCUACCCCGUCUCCCUCCUCUGCUCUGUCUUUCUCUUUACAGUUCCACCAGGUUAGAAGAGUGAUGACCAUCCUGUUCCUUACUAUGGUUAUUUCAUACUUCAGUUGCAUGAGAGCUGCGCCCCUGAGAGACGCCCCGGGCAUGCGGGGCCAUCGGACGGAAGGCUACUUGGGCGCUGCUGCGACGGCCGCACGAGGCCACGGGACUCCACAGAGUGGUGGUGGGCCGGGCCAGCACGGGGAGCUGCCCUCGCUCACAGACACAUUUGAGCAGGUGAUAGAGGAGCUGCUUGAGGUGGAGGGGGAGGCGGCGCAGCUAGGACAAGGGGCCGAUAAGAGCCAGGGAGGCGGGGGCCCGUCCUCUGUGGUCACAGCAGACACCAAGGAUGUUGACCUAUACGACUCACGGGUGAUGAUCAGCAACCAAGUGCCUUUGGAGCCGCCGUUGCUCUUUCUCCUGGAGGAAUACAAAAACUAUCUGGACGCCGCUAAUAUGUCCAUGAGGGUGCGGCGACACUCGGAUCCUUCGCGGCGCGGAGAGCUCAGUGUGUGUGACAGUAUUAGCCAGUGGGUGACAGCUGUGGAUAAAAAGACGGCAAUAGACAUGUCUGGGCAGACAGUUACCGUCAUGGAAAAGGUCCCUGUCCCCAAUGGCCAACUGAAGCAAUACUUUUAUGAGACCAAAUGCAACCCCAUGGGGUACACAAAGGAGGGCUGCAGAGGAAUAGACAAGCGGCAUUAUAAUUCCCAAUGCAGGACAACCCAGUCCUAUGUGCGAGCACUUACCAUGGAUAGCAAAAAGAAGAUUGGCUGGCGGUUUAUAAGGAUAGACACUUCAUGUGUAUGCACAUUGACCAUUAAAAGAGGGAGAUAGUGUAUAAAAUGUAUAGAUUUUAUUGAAGAGUUUAAAAAAAGAGAAUAAAGAGAAAAUAUCUAUUUGUAUAUAUACAUAACAGGGUAAAUUAUUCCGUCAAAUGAAAAUUUUAUGGACUGCAUGUAAAAAAAGAUGAAGUUUAUACAGUAAAAGUGAUACUACAGUCUAUUUAUUGAACAUAUUCAUGACCUUGUAAACAAUUAAAAAAAAUCUGAUCAGUCAUUUGCGCCCAGUUUAAAUUACUAUAUCACAUUCCUCAAGACAUUGUGAUUUGUUUACGUUGCCAAGAAUUAGAAAAUGAAGGAAAAAAAAAAACAGGCAAGGAUUGAGAGAGGACAGUUCCAUCUUCAAAAGCUUGCAUGCUGCUUCAAUUGUGAAUCAAGAAAAUUCUCCACUUACAAAAAAGGAAACGAUGCUGACCAAAAAAUCAUUCCGUUUACAUAUUCAGCAGAAAAACAAUCUUCCUCUCAAGUAAUUUAUCUGUUUACUGUUCUAAACUUCUCAAGGUAAUGUUGGAAUUACAUACUAUGUCAAGGUGCUGUUGUCAAAGCUUUGCUGUUUAUUUUUUUAUCCCCACCAGAGGACAAGAUAUAUAUAAAAAAUCAUAUAUAUAUAUAUAUAUAUAUAUAUAUAUAUAUAUAUAUAUAUAUACAUAUAUAUACAUAUGAGAAAAUCUAUUCAUUGACAUGUUUCUGGG